AUGCCACAAUUAUUUCCUGGGCAUGCCGACAAUGAUGUCAAGUCGGUUACCAGCGAACAACAAGAUAAAGAACUAGAAGGAACGAAGCUGUCUGGAUCAUUAUCAUUUACUACAAAUGAAAAAAAAGGUUUAUCUGGUGUGUCAGUCAACAAAAUCAUACCUGCUGAAGAUUCAUCAAGUGAUGCUGAGGAAAAGGGAAUCCCGGAUUUAGGUGAUAUAACAUUGGGAAAGAAUUCGUUUGAUACAAACAAAGAUAUUGUUGAAAAGAUUAUUGAUUCUACGGAUAAUCCUAAUGAUAGAUGUUGGACUUUUCGUUCAGUUCUAAUUGGUUGUGGUUUGGCUAUCUUUGGUGGUGUUCUUCAAUGCCUCUUUUACUUUAAACCACAAACAAUUCUUGUUAAUGGUGUCUUUUUGAUGCUUAUUGCUAACACUUUUGGUGAAUUCUUAGCUAGAGUGAUUCCUAAAAGAAUGAAAUGGUUAAACCCUGGUCCGUUUAAUAGGAAGGAGUUAACCAUUGCAACCAUUACCGCUGAUUCUGCUUCAUCUUGUGCAUUAGCUGUGGAGGUGAUCGCCGUGCAGAAAUUAUGGUAUGGCCAAGAUGUUUCAUGGGGUAGCGGAAUCUUUUUAACUUUAACUUCUCAACUAUUAGGAUACUCUUUUGUCGGUUUAGGUUUGAAAAAAGCAUUAUUAUAUCCAACUGAGAUGUUUUUCCCAAAUAACUUGGCCGAAGUUUCCACAAUUCAUGCUUUGCAUAACGGUAAGAGUGAUCCAGUAAAAAUGAAGAGAACCAAGAAGCAGUUAAAAUGGUUUUAUUAUUGCUUUUUGGCCAUGCUUCUUUAUGAGAUUGUUCCUGAAUGGAUUUUCCCUUGGUUGGUCGGUGUUUCGGUUCCCUGCUUAGCAGCCCCACAUUCUUCAACUGUAUCCAGAAUCUUUGGUGGUACAAAUAACAAUGAGGGUUUAGGAUUGCUCUCUUUCUGUUUUGAUUGGAAUUAUAUUUCUAGUACUGCCUCUCCAUUAUUGAUUCCAUUAACUGCAACUUUAAAUAAUCUUGCCGGAUAUUUCCUUUGCAUAAUUGUUUUUUGUGCUGUUUACUACGGAAAUGUUUGGAAGGCCAAAAAUUUUCCAUUCUUAUCGCAAUCCCUUUAUUAUGAAUCCUCUAAGCCAGGUGAUUAUCAGACGUACAAUCAAAGUGCCAUUCUUGACAAAAAUAACAUCAUGAAUCCAACAUUGUUGAAAAAGCAGGGCAUUCCAUUUAUGACUGCCACUUAUGCUGUUUACUUAUUGGUCACAAAUCUUUCUGUUGGCGCAACUUUCACCCAUAUGUUUUUAUUCCAUAGAAAGGAAGUAGCAAUUUGUUUUAGGUGGGUUAAAGGAUUGAAAGCAUUCUUUAAAAACUGGAAACAGAAUUUAAAGUUUUGGAAAACUCUUCGGAGUGACCCGAGAUUGGACGAAAAUGGAAAAUUACCUGAAAUAUAUGAUGAUGUUCAUAUGAGAGCAAUGCUAAAGUAUAAAGAAGUCCCAACUUGGUGGUAUGCCUUGUUACUUAUUGUGACAUUUGUGAUUGCACUUGUCUGUUUGUAUUGUGGUAAGACUGGUCUUCCAUGGUAUAUGCUCGUCUUCGCACUUGUGCUCGCAUAUCCGUUAACAUUAUUUUUGGGUGGAUUAUAUGCAAUAUUUGGUUUUGGUGGAACACAGAUGCAAACGGUUAUUCAGAUGAUUGGUGGUUUUACCAUGAGGCAGCCCAAACCAUUGGCCAAUAUGUACUUCACGCUUUACGGAUAUAAUUCGGUUGGACAAGCUUUUUUGCUUUUAAAUGAUCUCAAAAAAGGUCAAUAUGUUAAAAUCCCACCAAAAGACACAUUUUUCGCUCAAAUAUUAGGAAGUAUCAUUGGUGCAAUCUUUAAUUAUAUCAUGAUGAACUCCAUUGUUAGUGCUCAGGGGUCCAUUUUAAAGGAUAUUGAAUCCACGUCUGUGGUCUGGUCUGGACAGAAUGUUCAGCAAUAUAAUACUCAGGGUAUCGCCUGGGGCGCAUUAUCAAAGGAAAUGUUUGGAAUAAAUGGUACCUAUCACAUGAUUCCACUUGCUCUUGUCAUUGGCUUUUUCUUGCCAGUUCCAUUUUACCUUCUUCAUAAAUUACGUCCAAAGCUUGGCUUGAACAAUGUCAACACGCCAAUUUUAAUUUGGUACAUUGGUUGGUUAUGUGUUGGUGUCAACAGCAGCAUUACCGUUUACUUUAUUGCUGCAUUUAUAUCACAGUGGUAUUUGAGAAAGUACAAGCCCACUUUCUUCAAGAAAUACAAUUAUGUUGUUUCUGCCGGUUUGAUUGGUGGUGCUCAGGUUGCUGUUUUCAUAUUGUCGUUCACUAUUUUUGGUGCAGGUGGUGCAAAUACUACUCACAAUUUCCCAAGAUGGUGGGGCAACUUGAAUGGUGCCACGGGUAUUCUUGAAAAUUUCGAUCACUGUAAGUAUACUAAUUACGGCGAAUAA